AUGGUAUUCAUAGAAACACUCAUAGAAGGAAAAAUUCCAGUUAAAGCAUUAAUUGAUACAUCAUCGAAGUUUAAUACCAUUAGCAAGAGUUUUUUCGAUAGGCUUGGGACAAAUCAUGGAAUAGGAACAACCUGUGAUCUGGUUAAAAACCUCUAUGAAGAUGCAAUAGGUGAGAUUCAUUGUUUGGAUUUACAAUUCCAGUAUAAAGGGACAUACCAUAGCUUAGAUGGUACUGAUGCAAUAGACUUUGAGAUUCGCAAAAAUCCAACAUUUGAUCUGGUAUUGGGUCAAGGUUGGUUAUGGGUGUAUAAG